AUAAAAAGAGCACCAUGCCCCGAUAGAUCUGCGGGGAAACAAUAUUCACUAAAAUACCGUAUAACCUCCCUGCACACAGAUGAACGAAGUCAGAACAUUGAAUGUUUGAGCUAAGCUACUAAAGACCGUGCUGAAAAACUAAAGAGACGCUCAAAAAGUAAACUUUAUCCAUUAUCAAUUGUGGAGAUAGUAUAUAAAAGCAAAUGGCAACUGCAAUCACAUGGGCUCAGAUAGCCAUUACCUGUGACCUCUGUCUGAAAUCGGUCCAACAGUUCUGCAACAGCUGUCAGAUUGGUCUGUGUAGAGACUGCAUCAACAAACAUGUUAACGACCAAUCGUCUAGACCCCACAACAUUGUUCCUUUCACAGAUCGCACGGUACAGCUAGAGUAUCCUCAAUGUUCAACUCAUCCAAAUCAGAAGUGUGAGGCUCACUGCGAGAUAUGCGAUGUCCCUGCUUGCAUUCAAUGUGUCACAGGUCCCCAUAAAGGUCAUACAGUUCUUGACAUUAGUGGUCUCAUCGGAAGAAAAAAGGAAACUAUCAAGAAUGAAACAAAUGAAAUCGAGAAGUUUAUAUUACCAAAAAACAAAACUUUAGAUAUUUUGACUGACAACAAGAUUUCUUUAAUCAAUUCCCGUUUUGAAGACUUCGAAAAACAAACUAAAGAUCAGAGAAAACGAUGGCAUUUAGAAGUGGACAACAUAUUUGACAAACUGAAUACCCGUAUGGAUUCUUUGAGAGAUCAUCACAUUGCAGUUUUAAAUUCCGUGAAAUCUCAAUUAAGUAGUCAGAAAUGUAGUAUGAUUCAAACUGUUCAACAAAACAAAGAUAUUCUGAGCUUAAACAGAAUGUCGCUAAUAAACAAUUACAAGUCCAAACUGGCAGAAUUCAGGAAGUCUCCAUGUAUACCCGAUUUACCACAGCCGUCCCUUCAGACAAACACAGAAGAUGGGAAACACAGCGUGACAAUAGGGAGAUACACGGCUAAACUAACACAGACAUUGAUGGAUGAUGCAUCCUUUUUACCCACCAUGACGUUACCCAAGAAAUCGAAAGUUGUUGCAGUUAUUCAAACACACGUGAAAAAAUUGUGUCGGGUUGUCUGUCUUCUUUCAACAAGUGCAUGGGUAAGUGGAAAAGGAAAAUUUAUAUCCCUUGUUGGACCUGAACCACAAACUGUCAAAAGUACAUGUGAAAGGUUUCCAUCCGACCUAACUAUUAACAGACAGGGAGAGAUGGUGUACAGUGACAGGGAACACAGAGCAAUAAACAUUAUCAAAGAUGGAAAAACAGAGACCCUGAUCACUACCCCCACAGGAUGGCACCCUGAGGGACUGCACUGUUCUAGAUCUGGGGACAUUCUGGUCAGUAUUGGUACAACUGACAGUAGCCAGCAUAAAAUUGUUCGGUAUCAUGGAGAAACGGUGGCGCAAGAAAUCGACAAAGACCAGAAGGGAUAUCCUUUAUUUCAAAGAGGAAAAUACGCUUUGCUUCUUUCAGAAAACAUUAAUGAGGACAUAGUGGCGAGUGACCAGAAUGCUGACGUCAUGGUCGUUUUAGACAGGAGAGGAAAAGUUCGUUUCCGAUACAACAACCAACCUCCAAGAGGACAGAAGCCUUUCAGUCCCAGGCAAGUUGUGACGAAUGACAUCACAGGUCAUAUCAUCGUGGUCGAUGCAAGAAAUUCCUGUCUACACAUUCUCGAUCAGAACGGACAAUUCCUGAGAUGUGUAGACGACUGUGGGCUAGAAAAUCCCACAGGGUUGGUAGUGGACAGCGAGGGGAGACUGUGGGUGGGGUUUUAUCUUACAGGUAUGGUAAAGGUGAUUCAAUAACUGGAGUAAAUAGAAUUGGGCAGAUAAACGCGAAAUUAAUAUAUUUCCAGCAUAACAUAAUUAUAUCAACAUCAAUUAUGGGUACUUGUGAUGUUUGCGGAUAUUCUAAUAGAUGACAAUUGAUUCUGAAUUUGGGUAUGCCGUUAAAGAAAUAAGGUGUUUCAAUUUUUGUUGUAGCACUGAAAUGCAAAUGUACAUGUAGAUGUAUAUAAAACUUUAAUGUUGCUCUAUCACAUACACAAACAAGAGGCCCAUGGGCCACAUCGCUCACCUGAGGAACAAUAGGUACAAGAAAAUCAGCUUAAUGGAGUCAUAAUACAAACUAUCUGGACAAUGUACAAUAAUACAUGUAGAUCCUGUAAAAAUAAAAUCCAUUUUUCGCCCUGGAUAUUCUUAUGUUCAUAAUCAUUAGUCCCUUUCCUAACAGGAUGGUUUUAUAGUCAUAUUACAUGUUGAGUAUUGCAGUUCUCAAAAAGAUCCUUAACAAUUGUUUAUAUAUGGGAUAUAAACCUACAUCAAACUCUGAACCUUCUCGUGAGGCCGAAGAAUUGUCCUGGGGCCAAAGUCUUAACAAUUAUAAAGAAUCAUCUGGCUGAUUAGUUUCCGAGAAAAAGAUUUUUAAAGAUUUA